AUGACCGUGCUCAAGCUGUCCCUCAUGGCCUUCAGCUUGGUCUUCUGGGCGGCGGGGCUGACCAUGCUCAUCGUCGGCCUCUGGGCCAAGGUGUCCCUGGGCAGCUACCUGGCGCUGUCGGCCAACGACUGCCCCAGCGCCCCCGCCAUCCUCUUGGCCACCGGCGCCGCCGUCAUCAUCUGGGGCUUCCUGGGCUGCUUCGGCGCCGCCACGGAGCACCGCGGCCUCCUGCGCGCCUACGGCGCCUUCCUGACCGCCGUGCUGGCGGCCGGGCUGACGGCCGGGCUCUCGGCGCUCCUCUACCGCCGGAACGUCGCGCAGGGCUUCCAGGAAGGGCUGCGCCGGGCCCUGCUCGCCUACGGGGAGGAUGAGGGGACGGCGGAUGCCCUGGACGCUUUGCAGCGCACCUUGUCCUGCUGCGGCGUGGAGAGCUACCACGACUGGCUCGCCUCGCCCUGGGGGCUGCAGCAAAACGGCUCCGUGCCCCUCAGCUGCUGCCGGGCCCGCCGGGGUUGCCAACGCCGCCCGCCCGGCGCACGCGGGCUGCACCGCGACGGCUGCUUCGGCAAGGUGUCGGCCUUCGUCAGCAGCAACAUGUUCUACCUUGCCACGGCUGCCCUGGGGCUGGCGCUGCUGCAGCUCGUCGGCGUCGUGCUGGCCUGCCUGCUGGCUGCCCGCAUCCCUGCCCGCCUGCUGGGCACCGCCGCCCCUCGCUGAGAUCCCCCCCCCUCCCCGCCUCGGUCCUGCCCCUUAUCCCCUCCAGCUCCCUUCCUUCCCCCAGUCCGGGGUGCACCCCCUCGGGCAAGUCCUCCCUUCACAUUCCCCACUUCCACCUGAGCUUCCUCCUCCUCCAGACUCCAUUCCUCCCCUUGGGCCUGUGUCAGGUGCGCCAAUGCUACAGGCAUCUCCGCAGCCCCUCAGAGCUGGGAAGGUGCCUCCUGG